AUAGUUGGACUACAAACUACCCCCAUCGGUUGAGAGGAAAGAUGGUUGAAGCAGAUCGCCCAGGAAAGCUCUUUAUUGGUGGGCUUAAUACCGAAACGAAUGAGAAAGCCCUUGAGGCAGUGUUUGGAAAAUAUGGACGAAUAGUGGAAGUGCUUUUGAUGAAGGACCGAGAAACCAAUAAGUCAAGAGGAUUCGCUUUUGUCACUUUUGAAAGCCCAGCAGAUGCAAAGGAUGCUGCCAGAGACAUGAAUGGAAACUCCUUAGAUGGGAAAGCCAUCAAGGUGGAGCAAGCCACCAAACCAUCAUUUGAAAGUGGAAGACGUGGACUGCCUCCACCUCCAUGAAGCAGAGGCCCUCCCAGAGGUCUUCAAGGAGGAAGAGGAGCAAGUGGAGGGACCAGAGGACCCCCGUCACGGGGAGGACACAUGGAUGAUGGUGGCUAUUCCAUGAAUUU